UAACGCUUGCGCUUUUCGUGCCAUAAUUUUUGUUUAGGGCUGAUAGUGCUGCGCCACUAGCUUUGCUCAGACAGUGUCGAAGUUUGACAAGACCGACCAAUCCUCUUUUAUUGUUGGCUGUGAGUUAAAUUGCGAUGACUGACCCACCCUAUAACCCGACCACCACUCCUGUUAUGGAUUCGAAAGCGAACAAAUUUGGACAUUUGGACAUUUGGGGAUUUAUUUUGAAAUUCGUAGAAGUGCUCCUGUCAUUUGUAGCCUUUGUCCUGGAGGAGGUGGUGGCCACAUGUAAUUCUUGUGGCGUCCUCUACUUCUUUGAGUUUGUCAGCUGCACGGCCUUCCUCUUUACCUUGCUCCUCUUCAUCCUCUUGGCCUCCCCACUGCACAAGAAAGUGGGCAUCGGCAGCUGGGAUCGCCUGGACUUUGGAUAUACGCUUCUGAUCUCCCUCCUCUUCAUACUUGCCUCGAUUCUCUUCCUCGCCGACAACAGUGGGUCUGAUUUGGAGACGGGGGCAGGAGUGUUUGGCCUCAUCUCCGCUCUCGUGUUCUUGGCCAAUGUGGCCUACCUUUUGUUGAAGAGACGAGAUAAAAUCUUUAAGACAACUGACAAGACCCCCAGCACACCACCUGCACAAGUCACAAAUCCAGAAGAAGAGAAACUCCGCAAUGGUGAGAAUGCGUGAUGGACACCUGCGGUCACAUUCUGUCAUCUUAAGAAAGACUUGAAAUUGCUUCAGUGGUGACGAACAUUGUGUCUGGAAAUUUUAAAUUUAGUUUAGAUUUUAGACCUCAAAUUGUUUUAAAGAAGCAAGAAAAGAAAAUAAGAGUGCCAAAGAUCGGAUAUUUUUGUGGCUCAGAGUUAAUUUAUAAAUUAAGACAAAAAACAUGUCCGGCAUUAAAAAUGCAGAUUUUUUAAUAUAUAUAUAUACACAGUAUAUAAAUAUAACAAUUCGUGUUCCCCAGUAUUUUGGAGUUUCUUUGCAUCCCACUGCAUUUUAGCUGUUUAGUUUUGGUCAGGGCAGAAAGACAAAAAUAAAUGCUAUCAAAGUAUCUGAAACUGAUGCAUAAAUUACCCAAUAUCAUACAGUGCAUAUAACAUUGACUAGAUUUAUUUUAUUUUAUUUUAUUUUAUUUUAUUUUAUUUUAUUUUAUUUUAUUUUAUUUUAUUUUAUUUUAUUUUAUUUGUAAAAGGUGAAUUAUUUUCAGUCUUGCUCUUGAAAUGUAUCAUAUCUGUAUUUUUCACUUAACAUUAGAGGAAAUUAUUUUAGCAUGGAGCACUUGACAUUUCUACCUAAGAUUAUGAGAUUCCAUUCAGUGCACUGCAAGUUGGUAAAUUAGAUCAUUGCUAACGUAUUCCACAAGGGGGCAGUGUAGUAACAUCAUCUAGGGAAAGUUGGAACAGAAGGACAUCUGUUGACAGGAAACCUGUUGACCGGAAAAUACUAUUGAAUUUUUAUUUGAAAGAUAAAAUUAGCAAUUUUGCCUGAUUUGACAGCCGUUCAGUUACCUGUGUUCAAAUUGCCUUAGAAAUAUAUGCAAAUAUUUGAGAUAUUUUGAAGCAGGAUUGUACAUCAAUGAUGUAAAGCAAUUGUCGUUGGCAAAUUACUUGGUGUACCUUUUUUAUAUUGUUUUUCUUUUUCAUUCAUUGUUAUUAGUUGAUAUUAGUGCCUUUGUUAUUUUUUGUGUCAUAUCUGUACAUGGAAGUGUCUUUGUGUGCCUUAUUGUAAGUAUAUUGCUCGUCGUGUUUCAAAGAUCAAUAAUAUACAGUAAGUUUUCGGGCCCAGUUGUUCCAAAAUAGAUUAUGAUGAACUGGAUGGGAAAAGGAUUCAGAUUGCAUUCUACAACACUGCAAAAAAGUUGCCCGAGGCAAUGUACAGUACAUACUUUUUUGUACAUACUUUUUUUGUGUCAUGGAAACAGUGUGUUGGAUUUGCUGAACUGCACUAACAGAAGUUUAGAUCCAUUGUGCGUUAAGCGUUAUGGCAGGAAGGGUUUUGUGAUUCCUGGAAUGGAAAAUGGACUGCAAGCAUAGUGGGAUGUUCACUAUCCUUAUCCCAUAGGUGUCCUUUCAUCAGUAUAUGUGUAUGGCAAUCUGUUCAACAUUGUUUUAAAUGAAUUCCAUCCAAUUAACAUCCAUUCCAUUGCCAACUGACACGGUUUCAUUAAAGCCGUUUUAUAAAGCCGAAGGUUGAGCCUUCUAGAGCAAUGGCACAGGCAUGAUUGCAAUGGAAUACUCCCUUUUAAAGCUACACAAUGUAGUUCUUUUACCUUAAAGUAAUGACUAGUAAAACACAUUUUGAUCAUGCGUGUUGAUUGAUGCCCAAAUUGAUGCAGAAUUGUGUUUCUGUCUAAACCAAUGCACACCUGGAACACUUGGAAGCACUAUGUAGCUUGGUUCUGACUAGAAACAUUACACUUUUCACCGAUCUUUACCAGGGUACCAGUUUGGCACUAAAUGGAUACCCAAUACAUUGAAAAGUGAGCGAAAGUGGCAUUCCUACGUUGUGUUACUUUAACAGGCGGAAACCUAAGGGAGGUCGGGGGCACAGGGAAUCAGUUGUGUCAACGAAUCCAUCAGAGAGAUCUUUGUAUGCUUGCAAUAUUACCUUUUCUAUUGUAUCAGGUAUACUCAGUAAAUUCCUCUUUUUUUAAAUAAAUUCAUUAAUUUUGAUAUGAAGUGCAAACUUUGCAUCAUCUUUGUCAUUACAUCAAGAUUAAACCACCCACAUUUUCA